UUCUUUAGGACCAUGGGGUGAACUGUUCCAUUUGAUUGGUACCUUCACACUCACCCAGCACUAGAUUGAUAGCUGGUAAGGUCUGAAAUGCUGCUAUUUGACACUUUUACAUACAAAGCACAGUGCAGCUGCCUUCACUUCACAAGUAAGAACGGUGGUAGCUAUAGCCGGUGGUGUGUGUCUGUCUGUAUGCUGCACGUGGUCCCCGCUGUAUUUUUCCCAUCUGAGCAGAAGACAAAAUGCAACUCCCCCAUUGCAGGCACACAAAAUACAAAUGUCAUUGAUGUUUUUCUUCAGGUUGGACAUCAGACUUUUGAGGCUUUGGUUUAACACUUUUUGUUAGAUUAGGUGGAGACGGAGUCCUGGAUAGAUUUAUAUGGGAUAGCCUGUAGAGAAUUCCUACUGAAAGGGAAGGAUCGCUGACGGAUUGUUAAACCCUCGGUCCACUUAUGUUUCCGACGGGAUCUAGUCUACUCGCCGCAGAACGCGCUUUCACGUCGGAAGGAGAGUGCAGCCUACCAUCCCAUGCCUUCCCCAACCCAAGGCCCCUAUGAGAGAGGCCUUUAAAGUGGAGGGGAUUUGACCAAACAAUCCAGCUCUGUAAGUCGGGAUGGAGGGUGGACAGGGAGCAGGGUCGUGCUCCAGCCAGGCUGUGGAGGCUGAGUACCCCGCCCAGGAGACAACUUCUCCAGACAGGGGAGGAGGGGAUGCAGGGCUGGGCUCUUGCAAGCACAACGGACUGAUCAAUACCCACAGCUUGAUGGUGGAGACUAAGGAAGGGCUGGUGUCAGUGUACUCGGGGUCACAAUACCAGGGUCACAUGGUGGUCAAUCUAUCCCCCCAGCAGGAGCAGAAUGGCCAGGGAGUGGGCGGAGGAGGGGGACACCCACAGCUGCUCAACCCCAGCGCUCUGCCCCAUGGCAUGGACCCAUGCUUCAGGCCCGACCUGAUCCUGUACUCUGAGAACACGCUGCGGGCCUGGGGGGAUGGAGGAGUCGGGGAUUGCUGUGAGACCACCUUCAUAGAGGACUUGGCAUCCGGUUCCUCUGCCGCCUCCAAGGAUACGCUGAUGUUUGCCGAUGGCAAGUUCCUGGACAUGUCUGUGGAGGAUGCAAAGAUCCAGACCCUGUCCUAUGACGAUGAUGAGUUCCAGGACCUGGAGAGCGAGUACUCGAGCGACUCAGAGAGUGAAGACAACUUUCUCAUGAUGCCACCGAGGGACCACUUGGGCCUGAGCGUCUUCUCCAUGCUGUGUUGCUUCUGGCCCUUGGGGAUCGCUGCCUUCUACCUGUCUCAUGAGACGAACAAGGCGGUGUCUAAGGGGGACUUACACUUGGCCGGCUCCAGCUCCAGACGUGCCCUCUUCCUGGCUGUGCUGUCAAUCACCAUCGGCACAGGCAUAUAUGUGGGCGUGGCUGUAGCGCUCAUCGCAUACCUCUCCAAGAACCACCACUUGUAGCCUUGCCCUGCCCCCACUGCACUGUACUGACUGCACUGGGGGUAUGGUUCACUUGGGGGCAAUUGAACAAUGGAAUAUGGGCCUGCAAACUAUGGGACUAUCAGGAUGGACAGAACCUGGCCAUAUGGUUGACACAAUUCGUGAGCUCUAACAUGAGGUUCUUGAUAUGGAUAAUGGUAUUUUAACAGUCAAGUUAUUCUCUCAUUUUCACCAAGAAAAAACGGAGACUGUUAGUCGUUCCAUUCACAACUUAUUUUCUUUUCUAGAUGUUUAAAAAUUGGUUUGAGUUUUACCAAGGCAUAACACAGCCUGUGAGAGGUCAAACCAACAUGCACUAAAUAUUACCUGUACCAAGAGCAUAUUGUACGUUUUAUGGGGCAUGUUCAAUGCUCAGUUAACGGUGAGUUGUGGAUGUCCAGCUACAUUUACCACACUAACAGUCACAUUUGGCAGCUCCUGUCGUGGAUAAAAGAUGUCACUCAUCCAAACAUUCAACCUGUAUACAUUUAUUCAACGUCACAUUGAAUUGAUCCGUGGAUGUGACAUAGUGCAGCUCAACUGGAUAAUUUCUCGGUUGAAUAUGACCAAUUCUAUAAAGUAAUGUGAUGGUUUAUAUACAGUGCCUACAGAAAGUAUUCACACUGCUUUAUUACAGCCUGGGGGCGGGGCAGACAGACAUUGAA